GAUCACUUAGGGUUUGGAAAGCCCUAAACCUCGCUGGUGUUAAAUAAGAAACGGAAGAGAGAGCAGAGUUAAAACUGAGAAAACUGAUGGGUCCUCGACAGUGCGAAGUGUGCAAGGAUGCACAAUCCAAGUACAAGUGCCCUUCAUGCCUUGUUCCUUAUUGUUCUCUGGUUUGUUUCAAGAAGCAUAAAGAGAUUCCAUGUGGGAAGGCAGUAUCUCUUGAGCCAAAACCAUGUUCAAUAAGGCUUCCAGAAAAGUCAUCUGAUACAGGUUCAAUAAGGCUUCCUGAAAAGUCAUGCCAAGUAGAUGAGCCCAGUCUGGUGCUUCAAAAGGAGCGACUAGAGUCCUUAGCAUUCUCGAGUGAAGUUCGUGAAGCUUUGAAGGAUGUAGAACUUCAAAAAGCCAUAGGCAAGAUUGAUUCAUCCAUAGGUGCAGAAAAUGAACUUGAUAGAGCCAUGGGAAAUGAUCUCUUCCUCAAAUUCACCGAAAAGAUUUUAUCCAUUAUUAGCCCAUAACAACAUUUACUUUUGAUUGGAAGAUGAUGAAGAAAGAUAUUUUUUGAUAGAUGUUGUAUCCAAGCGGCUGCUGCUUCAACUUCAGUCAGCCUUCGAAAGUCUCAGGGUGUCGGAAGAUGGCUAUCACUAGCUAAAUGUUUUGAAAAGUGUCCUUUCAUUUUCUGUCAGUAUUACCAGUUUCCUCCAUGAAUUUUUGCCAGAGUAUCUUUAAUGUUAUGGGCGUAUUCAAAUUUUCAAAUUGAAUGCUUGUUAGGGGGUAAGGGUGUGUUUGUAAAGCCACUGAAUGAACUGAGAGUACUCAUACAAGGAAGUAGGAUUAAAACUUGUAUGGUUGGUCUCUU